AUGUCGCUUGACACCGACGGUUGUCCGCAGCAGAAAGAGUACGAUUACCUGCUGAAGUUCCUCUUGGUCGGCGACAGUGAUGUGGGUAAACAAGAAAUGCUCAACGAUCUGGAGGACGGAUCAUCCGAGUCACCAUAUUGCAGCGGAAGUGCAUACAAAACUACAAUUAUACUCUUGGAUGGUAAACGAGUAAAAUUGCAACUGUGGGAUGCAUCAGGUCAAGGGCGUUUAUGCACAAUAAUCAGAUCUUAUUCAAGAGGAGCACAAGGUGUUUUGUUAGUUUAUGACAUAACUAAUAAAUGGUCAUUUGAUGGGUUAGACCGAUGGUUAAAAGAAGUUGAAGAGCAUGCACCUGGAGUUCCAAAAGUCUUAGUUGGCAAUCGCUUGCAUUUGGCAUUUAAAAGACAAGUCAGUGUCAAAGAAGCAGAAUCCUAUGCCUCAAAACAUCAUAUGACUUUGUUUGAAGUCAGUCCACUCUGUGACUUCAACAUCAGAGAAAGUUUUAGUGAAUUAGCAAGGCGAGCAUUACAUAGAAAUGGAAUGGAAAGACUUUUGCGAUCAAACAAAGUGUUAAGCCUCCAAGAGUUAUGUUGCCGUGCUAUUGUAGCAAGGACUACUCAGUAUGGUAUAAACCAGUUGCCUCUACCUGUAACAAUUAAGUCACACUUAAAGUCAUAUGCAUUGACUAGUUUCUCAACUUUAUCUAUGUCAUUACCACGUAAUUCAGCGUCCAAAAAAAUUAAAUUGCCUUCCAACAAUACGGGUGUAUCACGACAACAUGGUCACCCUGCACAUUCUCUAUCGCAUCAUCAUCAUUUGAAAAAUACACCAUUGAGCAUUUCAACAUCGUACAUUACAAGGAACUCUUGUACAAUAUCAUAA